AUGUCCUUACCACCUCUGCUUCCUCCAAGACCAGAAAACGGACCAACGGCUUCGCCACCGAAAACGCAGACACAGCUAUCUCCAGCCAUAAACCCGACACCAUUUCCCAAAUACUUCUCUUCGCUACCUCGAGACAGUCUUAAUGAGCUCAGAAGCGAGCCUACAUUGCUCAGUGGGUACGUCAAGACCCACCCUUCCUUCACAAAACACGAAGCAGCUCAUGUCAACCUCAUUGACGAGCAGAUAGCCGAGCUCCGUUCGCUCGCAGAUAGACUUCUGGCACUCAGAGCCCGGUACCAGAUGCUAAACGACGAAGCCUUACCGGAAUUCGUCCAACAUCGGGCGUCGUGGCAAUCCCUUGAAUUGGAGAUGUACCGCAAUCUUGAGCGGUUCAACCUAAACCAUUUAAAGUCCAGGAUGCGCGAAGCAAUUGCAGAGGCCAACGCGUACUCCCUUCUGAUGGUGGAUGCGGUGAUCGAGGAGCAUCAAGACAAGGACGAGAUGAAAGAGAAAGAUCUACAGCAGUUUUUGAGGGACUACAAGCAGACAAGGAUCCUCUACCACUCAAGAAAGGAGCGAUCCAAUCGGUGGGCUGAGAACCGUGUCGGGGGUGCCAUCUAG